AUGCGCCAACUCAAGCACCACGAGCAGAAGCUCCUGCGCAAGGUCGACUUCCUCCAGUGGAAGAGCGAUGCCGGACACCGCGAGAUCGCUGUCAUGCGGCGGUACCACGUACAGAAUCGCGAAGACUAUCACACCUACAACAAGAUCUGUGGACAAGUCCGCCGGCUCUCUCACCUGCUCUCCCGCCUCCCACCCGCCGACCCGUUCCGCACCAAGUACGAAGACAUCCUCCUCUCCAAGCUGUACGACAUGGGCAUCCUCGACCGAGGCGCCAAGAUGAGCGACAUCGAAGGUUCGGAUGCGCCAGUCGUCAAGGGCUUCAAGGGCAAGGAGAAGGAGGUCGAGGGACAGGGAAAGCGGGAAGGAAAGGUCACGGUCGGCGCAAUGUGCCGAAGACGGCUGGCGGUGGUCAUGGUUCGGCUGAAGAUGGCAGAGACAGUCAAGAUGGCCGUCACCUACAUCGAGCAAGGCCAUGUCCGUGUUGGACCCGAUACGAUCACCGACCCGGCCUUCCUCGUCACACGCAACAUGGAGGACUUUGUCACCUGGGUCGACACGUCCAAGAUCAAGCGCCACGUCCAGAAGUACAAUGACGAGCUCGACGACUUCGAUCUCAUGGCUUGA